UCAAUGUCUAGCAGUAUCUUGAACCCUGACCUGGAAAUAAAAAAUGGUGAAACCACCCUGCAAAUCGGCAACAAAAACGAUUUCUACGAGGACUAACAAGAACCUGUUUCGCUCUCCACAAUAAGAAGGGGAGGUCACAGUGAUUGAACCCCCUCUACUGGGUCUACCUGGUCUCAGAGUACAGGUACAACCCCUAUUAUCACAGACAGAGAGAUGGCACAGCAGCCAUGGGAGGAGGGCGUUGUGUCCUGGUAGAACUGAAGAGCUUGUAGCUGUGUGUGUGUGUGUGUGUGUGUGCGUGCGUGCGUGCGCGUGUGACCACACUGUGACGUCCACGUCUAGCAGGCUCAAUGACAAACUCCCUCGAAACCAUCAUGGCAUGGGUCAGAGAUUACUGUGUAAUUACAAAUACCCUGCCUUACCUACCAUGUUAAUACCAUGCCUACCACAUUAAUACCCUGCCUACCCCUACCACGUUAAUACCGUACCUACCCCUACCACGUAAAUACCCUGCCUUCCCCUACCACGUUAAUACCCUGCCUACCCCUACCACGUUAAUACCCUGCCUACCACGUUAAUACCCUGCCUGCCCUACCACGUUAACACCCUGCCUACCACUACCACAUUAAUACCCUGCCUACCCCUACCACGUUAACACCCUGCCUACCACUACCAAAUUAAUACCCUACCCUACCACGUUAAUACCCCGCCUACCCCUACCACGUUAACACCCUGCCUACCCCUACCACGUUAACACCCUGCCUACCACGUUAAUAUCCUGCCUACCCCUACCACGUUAACACCCUGUCUACCCCUACCACGUUAAUAUCCUGCCUACCCCUACCACGUUAACACCCUGCCUACCACGUUAACACCCUGUCUACCCUACCACGUUAACACCCUGCCUACCCCUACCACGUUAACACCCUGGCUACCCCUACCACGUUAACACCCUGCCUACCACGUUAAUAUCCUGCCUACCCCUACCACGUUAACACCCUGCCUACCACUACCACGUUAAUACCCUGCCUACCACGUUAACACCCUGCCUACCCCUACCACGUUAAUACCCUGCCUACCCCUACCACGUUAACACCUUGCCUACCCCUACCACGUUAACACCCUGCCUACCCCUACCACGUUAAUACCCUGCCUACCACGUUAAUACCAUGCCUACCACGUUAAUACCCUGCCUACCCCUACCACGUUAACACCCUGCCUACCCCUACCACGUUAAUACCCUCCCUACCCCUACCACGUUAACACCCUGUCUACCCCUACCACGUUAAUACCCUGCCUACCCCUACGACGUUAAUACCCUGCCUAUCCCUACCACGUUAAUACCCUGCCUACCCCUACCACGUUAACACCCUGCCUACCACGUUAACACCCUGUCUACCCCUACCACGUUAAUACCCCGCCUACCCCUACCAUGUUAAUACCCUGCCUACCCCGUUAAUCCCCUGCCUACCCCUACCACGUUAACACCCUGCCUACCCCUACCACGUUAACACCCUGCCUACCACGUUAACACCCUGCCUACCACGUUAAUACCCUGCCUACCCCUACCACGUUAACGCCCUGCCUACCCCUACCACGUUAAUACCCUGCCUACCCCAACCACGUUAACACCCUGCCUACCCCUACCACGUUAACACCCUGCCUACCACGUUAACACCCUGCCUACCAUGUUAAUACCCUGCCUACCACGUUAAUACCCUGCCUACCCAUACCACGUUAACACCCUGCCUACCCCUACCACGUUAAUACCCUGCCUAUCCCUACCACGUUAACACCCUGCCUACCCCUACCAUGUUAACACCCGACUACCACGUUAAUAACCUGCCUACCCCUACCACAUUACACCCUGCCUACCAUGUUAAUACCCUGUCUACCAUGUUAACACCCGACUACCAUGUUAAUACCCUGCCUACCAUGUUAACACCCGCCUACCAUGUUAAUACCCUGCCUACCACGUUAAUACCCUGCCUACCACGUUAAUACCCUGCCUACCACGUUAAUACCCUGCCUACCACGUUAAUAACCUGCCUACCACGUUAAUAUCCUGCCUACCACGUUAAUACCCUGCCUACCACGUUAAUACCCUGCCUACCAUGUUAACACCCGACUACCAUGUUAAUACCCUGCCUACCACGUUAAUACCCUGCCUACCAUGUUAAUACCCUGCCUACCAUGUUAAUACCCUGCCUACCAUGUUAACACCCUGCCUACAACAAUAACGCCAUGCAUACCAUGUUAACACCCUGCCUACCACAUUAACACCCUGCCUACCACGUUAACGCCAUGCAUACCAUGUUAACACCCUGCCUACCACAAUAACGCCAUGCCUACCAUGUUAAUAUCCUGCCUACCACAUUAACACCCUGCCUACCACAUUAACGCCAUGCAUACCAUGUUAACACCCUGCCUACCACAAUAACGCCAUGCCUACCAUGUUAAUACCCUGCCUACCACAUUAACACCAUGCCUACCAUGUUAACACAAUGCCUACCAUGUUAACACCUUGCCUACCACGUUAACACCCUGCCUACCAUGUUAACACCCUGCUACCAUGUUAACACCAUGCCUACCAUGUUAACACCCUGCUACCAUGUUAACACCCUCUCUACCAUGUUAAAACCCUCUCUACCAUGUUAAAACCCUGCUACCAUGUUAACACCUUGCCUACCACGUUAACACCCUGCCUACCAUGUUAACACCCUGCUACCAUGUUAACACCCUGCUACCAUGUUAACACCCUGCUACCAUGUUAACACCCUGCUACCAUGUUAACACCCUGCCUACCACGUUAAUACCCUGCCUACCACGUUAAUACCCUUUCUACCAUGUUAAUACCCUGCCUACCAUGUUAAUACCCUGCCUACCACGUUAAUACCCCGCUACCACAUUAACACCCUGCUACUAUGUUAACACCCUGCUACCAUGUUAACACCCUGCUACCACGUUAACACCCUGCCUACCAUGUUAACACCCUGCUACCAUGUUAACACCCUGCCACCACGUUAAUACCCCGCUACCACAUUAACACCCUGCUACCAUGUUAACACCCUGCUACCACGUUAACACCCUGUCUACCACGUUAACACCCUGCUACCACAUUAACACCCUGCCUACCACGUUAACACCCUGCUACCAUGUUAACACCCGGCUACCAUGUUAACACCCUGCUACCACGUUAACACCCUGCCUACCACAUUAACACCCUGCUACCAUGUUAACACCCUGCUACCAUGUUAACACCCUGUCUACCACGUUAACACCCUGCUACCACAUUAACACCCUGCCUACCACGUUAACACCCUGCUACCAUGUUAACACCCGGCUACCAUGUUAACACCCUGCUACCACGUUAACACCCUGCCUACCACAUUAACACCCUGCUACCAUGUUAACACCCUGCUACCAUGUUAACACCCUGCCUACUAUGUUAACACCCUGCUACCACAUUAACACCCUGCCUACCACGUUAACACCCUGCUACCAUGUUAACACCCUGCUACCAUGUUAACACCCUGCUACCACGUUAACACCCUGCCUACCACUACCAAGUUAACUACAUGUCAAUAUCUCUCCAAUUACUCUCAUUAAUCGUACAUGUAUUGUUAUUAUAAUGCUUAUUAUGAUUAUUAUUAUAAUUUUUAUUACUAUUAUAAUUAUUAUUAUAAUAAUAAUUAUUACUAAUAAGUAUUAUCAUUAUUAUUACUAUUAUAAUUAUGAUUAUUAAUAUUUUUUAUCAUCAUUAUGAUUAUUACUAACAUUACUGUGGAUUAUUACUAUCACUGUCAUUAUUAUCACUGUCAUUAUAAUCAAUAGUGUUUGUUACUUCGAUUAUAGCUGUGUGUAGGGGGGGGGGGUAAUACUACUCUGUAUUCAAGGGCGAGUUUGUAAAGUCAAGUCAAAAAUAAAUCUGUCAAUCUAGAAGAAAUCUCUUAUAGCAGAGCAGCAGAUUUAAACGAAGAUGAGAGGACAUUUUUUUGGAACAAAAGUGAGUGAUUCUCUCCUUCUCCAUCUGGUCUCCUUUGGUAGUUGCUUGAGAAAUUACAAAAUGGACGGAAGGACAAACGGAUAGACCGAUGAACAAACAGAAGGAUGGAUAGUGACAAAAGAAAAACAACUGGAUAAAGACAGAGGGCUCUUGUUGAAGGCCAACAUAGCUCUUCCAUGGAUAUUGUAGCGGCCUUAACCAAACACACCUAGCAACCUCAUCCUGCGGUUGAGAACUCAGCGUAAUAAUGAAGGUGUUACUCGACAGGCGCUGGAUACAAGGUCGAGUCCCAAUUUGGGGGGUACCCCCCCCCUUGAAUUCGCUACAAUAUAUUAUUAUAUUCCACUCAGAACUCUUGGGUUUCUCUUUUAUUUCUGUCGCCUCUCUCCGAGGAGACCCUAUCAAACUGCUGUACUUAAUCUAAUGCAGACAUUUCAUACGUAUUAUACUCUGUAACGUAGCAGGAAAAAUUCCCUUUUUUUUCUCUCCUCUCUUCAUCUUUCUUUCUCUGAUGGUUAUGGUCUCAGAGACAGACACCACGGUUCCUCAAUGGACAGGAAGCCUUUCUUUCCACCACUCAUUUAAUUGCUGUUUUCUUGUUCCAUUUUUUGUUGUUUUUUUAUACAGACGAUUGUUUUAUACAGUGCCAUGGUACAAUAUUAUACACCGAUGAGCUGAAAAUCUAUUUUGUUUUCAUUUCAAAUGAAUGAUCAUGACGGUGGUAUUGAUCUGUGUAUUGAUCUGUGUAUUGAUCUGUGUAUUGACUGACUGGAGCAAAUAGCAAUAGUGAUGUCCCCAUAGAAAAAUAACACACACCCAUUCGUUCAUCGCACCAACGGGUACACAGAUUCAUGAAAACACCCUCCCCAAUUGGAUGAGACAAGAUUAGGGGGGUGGAGCCAAAUAUGUGCCAACCAACCAAUGGGGCAAGGGUGUUGCACAGUGAAAGUAUAACUAUAAAAUCUAAAGUUUUUGUUUGAUUGUGUUGUUUUUUUUAUUUGUGUUUUAAUUUAUUUAUAUAUAUAUAAAUAAAAUACACUGUAUAUUAAGAGAUAGAUGUGUAAAGCUACACGUCUAGCUAGCCUAGCGCUGAUCCCUGAUAGAUGGGUUGAGCUAGCCUAGCGCUGAUCCCUGAUAGAUGUGUAGAGCUACACGUCUAGCUAGCCUAGCGCUGAUCCCUGAUAGAUGUGUAAAACUACACGUCUAGCUAGCCUAGCGCUGAUCCCUGAUAGAUGUGUAAAACUACACGUCUAGCUAGCCUAGCGCUGAUCCCUGAUAGAUGGGUCUAGCUAGCCUAGCGCUGAUCCCUGAUAGAAGGGUAAAGCUACACGUCUAGCUAGCCUAGCGCUGAUCCCUGAUAGAUGUGUAAAACUACACGUCUAGCUAGCCUAGCGCUGAUCCCUGAUAGAUGUGUAAAACUACACGUCUAGCUAGCCUAGCGCUGAUCCCUGAUAGAUGGGUCUAGCUAGCCUAGCGCUGAUCCCUGAUAGAUGUGUAGAGCUACACGUCUAGCUAGCCUAGCACUGAUCCCUGAUAGAUGUGUAGAGCUACACGUCUAGCUAGCCUAGCGCUGAUCCCUGAUAGAUGUGUAGAGCUACACGUCUAGCUAGCCUAGCGCUGAUCCCUGAUAGAUGUGUAGAGCUACACGUCUAGCUAGCCUAGCGCUGAUCCCUGAUAGAUGUGUAGAGCUACACGUCUAGCUAGCCUAGCGCUGAUCCCUGAUAGAUGUGUAGAGCUACACGUCUAGCUAACCUAGCGCUGAUCCCUGAUAGAUGUGUAGAGCUACACGUCUAGCUAGCCUAGCGCUGAUCCCUGAUAGAUGGGUUGAGCUACACAUCUAGCUAGCCUAGCGCUAAUCCCUGAGAGAUGGCACACUGUGAAGUGGUUUACCCAACACAGAAUGUAACACGAUCCACCUUGUAAACAUUUUCUAAUGGCUAAUACUAUGAUUAAUACUAUUAUAAUUAUUAUAAAGCUAUUUUUAGCGAGUUAAAUAAAUUUAAAAAACAC